UCAUGACAACGCUCGUGAUAAAAACUUUCAAAGUAGUACAUCUGUCAUUUUAGUACUGGUAUCAGCGACAUCGAUCUAGUAAAAGAUAACAGGUUUGAAAAGUUACCAGAAUGGAGAUUGUGUUUAAUGCAGUAGAAGAGUACGUAAAUACCAACAAUGAAACUCUUGACAAACGGACUGAAUAUUUGGAUAGAAUGAAAGAAGAAGCCGCUAAAAGAAAAGAUGAAGGUAGGAAGUUAAUGGAUUCAUUACCUGAGCUCCUUCAAAUGGGCACUUCUUUGGAAAUACAGAGUCUCAGAAAAAAGGUGGAAGAAAAUGAGAAGAACAUUAAGAAUCUGCAAAAGCAAAUUGAAGAAAAAAACAAGCAAAUUGAAGAAAUGCGAAAGAGCGAUGAUGCAAAUUCAUCAAAGCAAAUUGAGGACCUGCAAAAGCAAAUUAGGAAAAAAAUCAUGGAAAUUGACGAUUUGAAAACGCAAAUUGAGGACCUGCGAAAGACAAAUGACAGAAAAGAUAUAAAGCAAAUGGUAAAUCACUCGGCGUUUAUCCAAAGUUUCUCUGCUUUCCACUACCAAAUGUCAACAAUCAAGAUAAUUCAUUAUUUCACUUAUAAUGAAGAUGGCAUCAUGAGAUGUCGAAACAUGUCCAUUUUGAAAAACUAGUCGUAUAUAUUAAAUGCGUAUUAGCAAUAGUGCUUCUACGAAAUUAUAUAAA